AUGAUCAAGUUGUCUGCGCGGUCAAGACUAAUCGCGGCUGACUUGUCGGCCGAAGCUAGAAUGUACACGAUGCAUCACUCACGCGCAUUGCCACACCCUCAACGGCCGUCAACCUACCAGAACACAAACAUGAAGGAGGAGCAGGACGGCACCAAGGCCAUCAAGCGAACCAUGGCACACAGCGGAGGAGGAGCGGGGAGGAACAGCUCAUCUGUUACAGACGGGAAUCAUCCAGGACAUGAGCGACACCAGAUGGGACAAGUUCACCUUGGCGACGAGGUCCGCCCUGCGCACCUCCAGCAGACUUUGCUGGGCACGUUCAGACGGUUAGACGAACUAGGUGUGCGGACGGUAGUGGUAUUUUUGUGCAGGAGCACAGUGACCUGCGCGUGUGUACCUUUGAAGCGAACGCUUCGUGAAAGGCUCGCGAGGACUGCUAGAGACCUAUCGAGUCUCAAGAGGCCUGAAAAUGAUGGGAAGAAACAGGCUCAGACGUACAAAAUCGUUGAUAGAAGGAAGAAUGUGGUUGUGUUGUGCGAUUUGACAAGCGGCAUCGUGGGGUCCCCAUGCGAGUCCGGUGAGGUCGAGAACGAGCCGUGCUGUCACCAGAGUCUUGCUCCGUCCAAGAUACGUGAGGUCUAUGAAAUGGAAGGAGACGCAUAUAGGGAUGUUGAGUGGUGGUCACUCAAGCCCCCAAGGCAGCUCUCAUUGGCAAACCCCAUGGCAUCAUCGCCAGUAGCAAUACGAGAGCUGAUCAACGAGCUUGCAUGGGACGGCGGAUGA